UGCGCUUUGUAAUGUUUAAUGCUGCAGUCAAAUGACUCGGCAUCCUAAAGAGCGUGUGAGAGGCAGGGAGGGCAAUGGAGGUCACUCCACUGUCGCUACAAAUUCCGGGAAGGAAACUUCCCCAGAUUCCUCCACUUGGAGGUGGCGCUCGGCCUCAGGCUAGGGGGGAGCAGGAGCCGUGACAUCCGAAUGCCAUCCUCCACUGGCGCGACCCUCAGCACAGCCACGCCCCUAGCGACUGCCGCCACCCGAGGCCGGGGGUCUCGCGACUCACCCAGGGACUGGUGUCACAGGCGCGCCACGGAGGAGGUUGUCCGUCCGCCGCUAGGUGCCGUCCGGGUUCCCGGCUCGGGCGUCCGUGGGCGGCUACGGGAAGCGACAGGAGUCAGUCCUCGCUCACGUCCCGGCUCGCGCGCCUUACCGCUGUGGUUCCCCCAACCCUCCCCGCGCCCCGUCUUCUGUGUCUGGGCGUCCUGGCGACUCUGCUGGAUUUUGGCCAGGGCCCCGCCGCUGACCGCCACCCAGCCCGACCUCCUGCACAGCCUCUGGGGCCUUGGACCGCGACUGGCUCGCUGUGGGACGAGCAGAGUGAUAAAGACAAACAAACGUGUCCUGGGUGGAUCUGGCUGCCUUUGUCCCGAGGGUGGAGUUGGGGAGGUGGUAGGAAAAUGGGAAGGAAAGAAGAGAAAGGCUUUCUCUCCCGCAGCAAGUAGGCCGACGUCCACCCGGCUGUUCCAGCCUCCAGGUCUAGGAGGGAGAGCGCUCGCGGCUGGGACCUUUCAGGACCAGGGAGGUCACCGUGCAGGCCCCGCCUCCCUGGACCCAGCGCCGGCCUUCCCGGGGCGCCCAGGUGCGCGGGGCCAGCGCCAGCGUUUUCUCGGAGCUUACUUCCUCGUCUGCCUCGGAUCGGAGUCCAGACAGUGCUGAAGAGAGAGCUGGACUCGGAGGCGCUGCUUUUUGACAGCACACACCUCUGGGUGUGGGUAAAACGCUGGGGCAGGCUUCAGUACGCUGGGCGAUGCCCGUCCCAAGCGCCCCGUCCCGUCAGUGGUAACACGCAGGAUAACUGGCCACUCUGCGUCACGCGCCAGUUACCUUGUGUGUUGGUGUUCUCUCCAAAUUAGACCCUGACUUAGGGAACAACUUAAGCAGUAUGGAGCACAUUCGGUGCGUAUUAGAUGCUCCGUAAAUAGCCAACUUCUCAGGGGCCCGCAAUGACUGACAGUUUGACCUAUUGGCUGCAAAACACCAGCCAGAAAUACAAAUAAGGUUAAAGUCAUGUCAGCCACUUGGAAUGGCUGGCUGCUUACUGUUUGUUUUGGAUUAGGGACCUUGAAGUUCUUACCUUCUCUACUUGGCUUUUAUCCACGUUUAUUUGGAAAGAGAUAUUUUAGAGUCACCAACAUGGGCUUUCUCCUCCCUGGCUUUUGUUUUUAUUAUUUUUUAUUUUAAUUAAGGAAUUCAUUACAAGUCCCAUAACUGGAAACUCAUGUUAUGAUACUCUGUUGCUUUUCUCUCCUCCUUACCCAUUUUCCAAGUUUGAUGCACUUUCCAAGAUCCAAUCUGAAUAGCUUAAUUUACCCUGGACACACACUGCCUUGGAUGUGUAGUUACCUUUUGAUGUGUGUUGUGUGUUUUAUCUAUCCAUCUCGACUGUAGUUUCAGAAAAGGAACUUGUCUUACGCAUUGCCCAGUCCAUAAUGUAAUGCUUUGCAUACAAUAGGUAUCAAUGUUAGGUUGAAAUGUUAGAUUAUUGAUAAAGUCAGGAGCCAUUGACUAUCUUCA